UUUUUGUGUGUUUGUGUCUGUCCUCUCGUGUAUCGUCUGAUGCUGUGAUCCGUUGACUUAACCUCAAAUCUGAUAGUGGUACAAGGAAUAGUGUGAAUUAUCGUUACAAUAGAUUUAUCAGCCUCAUUUAAAAUGAUAUAGCUGAUUUGAAAGUCGAAAGACAAUAAGUUUAAUAUAUUUGAUUAUAAUUUUUAAAUCGUGUUGAAGAUAUAAUUCAAACUUAGUCAAACUUUAUUGUAGUCUAUGCUUGCAUUGACAUAUUUAAUUUGAAAUGGUUUUAGUUUUUAAAAAUGUCUAAGAGAAGAAAUGUAGCUUAUAUUAAGCCACAGGAACCUGAAUUUUUAGCUCGACUUAAAAGGGAAGCUGGAUUCAUUGAGGGACCUACAGUUGAUACAAAGAGGGAGACAUUGCCCGAGCUAAGUGAUGAUGAAGAUGAAAACAGAACAGAUGACUCUCCUGUUGUUGUGGUGCUGAAACCCGGAGAUCUCACACAAGAGGAAGCGGAAGAAAUAAAAAAGAAACAAGAAUCAGGUACAUUACUUUUAUUUUCUCUAAAUCUUAUGACCUACAUUGUCUUAGAAGGCCUGAGUACUGUGCGCUUUUUAUUCUUUGCCUGGAUAUGAGUAGUGGAAGUGCCC